CGGUCGCCUUAUCCAAUCACCGACCUUCUACGAUUCAAUGACCCACAGUCCACAACCGGUUAGUCAAAAAAGCUAGUUAGCUAGCUGAGGCAACGUGUUGGCUGUGGAAAAUGCCCAAGUUUUACUGUGACUACUGCGACACGUAUCUCACUCACGAUUCGCCGUCAGUGAGAAAAACACACUGCAGCGGACGCAAGCAUAAAGAAAAUGUGAAGGAUUACUAUCAGAAAUGGAUGGAGGAACAGGCACAGAAUCUUAUUGACAAAACAACUGCUGCGUUCCAGCAGGGAAAGAUUCCACCCACGCCGUUCCCUGGUGCCCCUCCCCCCGGCGGAUCACUGCUGCCACAUCCCAAUAUCAAUGGCCCCCCCAGGCCUGGCAUGCUGCCCGCUCCCCCCAUGGGCGGCCCACCCAUGAUGCCCAUGAUGGGGCCACCUCCUCACGGAAUGAUGCCCGGUGGACCAGGUCCCAUGAGGCCGCCUAUGGGUGGUCAUAUGCAGAUGAUGCCCGGCCCUCACAUGAUGCGCCCUCCCGCACGGCCCAUGAUGAUGCAGGUUAGGCCAGGCAUGGCCCGGCCCGACAGAUGAGAACUUUGCUCUUUUUAACACCUCCCCCCCACCCCCCGAUUGUCCCUUCAACAACCUGACCUGUCCUAAUCGCCGGUAACACUUUACUUGUCAUUGGCAUGACAUUAGUGUCAUAACAUCAUCAUGGAUGUGUCAUAAACAUGUCCAUAUUGUAAACAUUUUGACUCUUGCCAUUAAGUGACAUUCGGUUAUGAUAAAGAUAACCCCAAAAAUGUCAACUUUUCAGGACCAUAAAACGUUUAUGACAUUGACAUCUAUUACUCUGUCACGACACCGUUUUGACACAGUUAUGAUGCAUGUCGUGCGUAUGACGCCGGUGUCAAGUUAAGUGUCACCUAAUCCCCUUCUCAGCUUCGGAUUAUGCCAUCACUUAAGGUCAUGCUUUUGGAAUUGUGAAUAUAGCAGUUUUUCUUAGUUGGUGGGCUCAAAGAUUAUGGAGUAUUGCCUUGGAGAAUCCCCAUUCCACUAUUAUUUCAAGUUCGCUGAUUUUUAUUUUUCCAUUUUUAUUGUUUUUAUUUGGCCAAAUUAUUCCUAAUGUGAAUUGUCCUCCUCAUGACUUUGGUCCUGUCAGCACUGGUGCAGUCUCGCAACCCAAAACCAAUAACAAAGAAAAACGAAACCCACUCACCUUUCACGUUACGAUGUUUGGGUCUUAAGAUUUUUUUUCUGUGUAUCAAUACUUUUUUUGUAAGCUAUUGUGUGUUGAUAUUUUAUGAAUUAAAAUUUUAGGAAAAUAA